UAUCAGCGAGCUCUUAGCCACCUGUAUCACUUAUGUAUGUGGCCUGGCUAGGGAUAUGCCGGACGUAGCCGAUGAUGCCGAGGAUGAACUGCUGCUGGCUCGCGCCAUGGACUCGGAUGAGGAGUCGUACGGCCUGCUGAUUGCCAACAAGCUGUGGCGAUUCGUGCGCUCGCGUACACUGCGCUACAAGUUCUCGGACAACGCGGACUUUGUGGUGCACAGUGAGCCGCAGGGCAGCCUCAACAUUGGCGUCUCGGUGCGGCCUAUCGAGGCGCUGGAGGAGGGUCGCGGCAAAAUGAAGAACAUGGGCCCCAUUCUAAUGAUGAUGGCCGCCAAGACGGGCAUGGUGGGCGCCAUCAUGUUGAAGGGUCUCUUCCUGCUCGCAGGCAAGGCGCUGAUUGUCUCCAAAAUUGCGCUGCUGCUGGCGGUCAUCAUAUCACUGAAGAAGCUGCUCUCGCAGAAGAAGACCAUUGUGGAGGUGCCGUCACAUCAUGACAGCUACAGCUCCGGCUGGUCGCGUGCCCUUGACGGCUUUGUGGAGGGCCUGGCCCAGGUGCCGGCACACAUAAUGGCACAGGAGGCACAGGACAUGGCCUACAGUGCGCAGCAGCCAAGCAAGGUGGCGCAAUAAGACGAAUGGGCAAAAAAAGAAAAUCAAUUGCACUACCAAAAAAAUGCGAAGCUUUUUAUUAACUCUUCACGAAUGUUGCAUUUACAAUCCCCUCCGUAGAGGGGGGAACCCACGCCUUCCUCCGUUUAGUUAUGUUUUCUUUUCUUUCUAGCUCUCACUUUUAGUCUUUGUAUUUUCUUUUUAAUUGCUUUUCCUUUGCUUAA